AUGGCAUUAUUUCCAUUUUAUCGUUAUCAUUUUUUUGAUGAUCCAUUCGAUCCAUUCUUUUUUCAUCGAUUUGAUUUCUUUGAUCCAUGGUAUGAUAUUGAUAUAUUUCCAUCAUUUCGUCCCAUUACACCACCAUUUCGACGGGUUGAAGAACAGGAACGAAUAACGUAUAACCUCAGCAAAAUAUCAAAUAAUGCUAAAAGUCUUGAACAGACACCACGAAUUCCUCAAUCAGAAAAAUUUAUUAUUCAACUUAAUGUUACUGGAUUCAAUCCAGAAAGAAUUACAAUUAGAGGUGAAGGUCAAAAAGUAACUGUCGAAGCUAAACAAGAAGAUCGACAAUCAAACAGCGAUUAUCAUAUUCAAGAACUUCGAAAAUCAUAUGAACUUCCUGAAUAUGCUGAUGCAACUCAUUUGAGUUCAUAUGUAACACAAAAUAACAUGUUAGUUAUUGAAGUACCAAUUAAAAAUCCUGAAGCUGAACGUCGACUUGAACAAGCAAGAAAUGAUAAUCGAAGUUUAGCUCAAUUUGGUCAAUAUCGUGAUCCAUAUUUUGAUUAUGCUGGAUUUUUAGGUGCUUCUGGCGUUCAAUCUCGUAUUGUUGAUAAAGGAAAUAAUCAAAAACAAUUAGAAAUGACUGUUGAAAUGAAAAAUUAUCAACCACAAGAAAUCAAAGUAUCAGUUAAAAAUAAUGAACUUAUUAUUCGAGGUGAACAUCGAUAUACAGAUCAAAAUAGUUCUGAACGAUCAUACUUAUUCAGAUCAACAACAUUACCACCUGGAACACAAAUUGAUCAAGUUCAAUCUUAUUUUACUGAUGAUGGUCAAUUAAAAAUUGAAGCACCAUUUAUUGACGCAAUAAAACUAUAA